UUUUCAAACAAUUUAGUAAUAUGUAGUCAAGGCAUAGUUUUUUUUACCUCUUAAUGUAUACUUAUAACAAUUAUAAUUUUUCUUUUUAAUGUGCUUACCAUAGUAAAUAAAACAGAUUAGAAUUUGUAAGGUACUUUGAAAGUAUAUGUUUAAAUGGCUGAUAGCGAGGACUGCCAGUUGAAUGAUUUGCAGAGCGAAUUUAAAAAAUUGAGAGUGGAUUUUAACAGUCUUUGUCAGGAUGAAUCCCUUUCAAAAUGUUGUCAGAAAACUUAUAGUGUAUUAAAUAAGGAAAGAGAUUCAAGUCCAAAUCUUUCAAGCUCAUCAAAAGUAGAACAAUGUAAAUGUCGAUCCAGCUCAUGUUCAAAGUGGUUGUCUAGAAAAAAGAAAAAGAAAUGCUCCAAAAAGAAACUUAAUCUAGAAAAGUCAUCAGUUUCAGAAAGUGAGCUUUUCCUGCAGUUGAGUCUCAAUGAAAUUGUGGAAGUUGUCAAACAAUCAUGCCAUACACAAGAAUGUCCCCCAACAGAAGGUGCUGUAGAUCAUAGAUUAGCCAUUAGUGUUCAAUAUGUUACAGAAGAGACUGCUCAAGAUCAUUCAGAUGAUAUUACUGUUGAUGAGUUAGCAGGCUACUUUGAUAAUUUUGUAUAUAUUCCCAAAAAAAUGUCUCAUAUGGCGGAGAUGAUGUAUACAUAGUUUAUAUGAACUUCAUCUUUUUUUCAGAGUUCAUAAUUUUUUAUGCAUGUGUGAUUGUGAACAAAACAUUUGCUGUUGAUAAAAUUUCUACUGAAGCAGUGUGCCUCCAUUUUGCUUAUGUAAAGUUAUAGAAUUUCAUAGGUUUGAUGUUGAAAUGAGUGUUUAAUAAAAAUUUUCUUAUUGUGUA